AUGGAGAACAUCGACCAGCCAUCUGAUCGUUCUGUAUUGCGUGAACGUGAUGUUGGCCUUCAUGGUCAUUGUUCUCACAAUCGAACGCCGGCCAACGAGGCAGUGGAAUAUAUUCCUCAACAGCGGUUUCGAGCGGCGCUGUUCAACAACACCCCGUACAUGGGCUAUCCAACAGACGAGACGGACAAGUUGUGGUCGGACCUGUACAACUUUGGGAUUUCGAAAAUCUCCGAGGAGGAGGCCAAGAAGCUCCCUUCACCUACGUUGCCCAUCCCCGGAACGAAGGACUAUCUCAUCGAGCUGGAUGUGUGGCAUGAGCUGCACUGUCUGAACGACUUGCGCAAGCUGCUGUAUCCAGAGCGCUUCCCGGGUCUGGACGCGCUGAAGGACGAGAACGGGGUGAUUAACCGGGACAGCGACGAUUUCCGGCACUGGGACCACUGCAUCGACUCCCUCCGCCAAACAAUCAUGUGCCAUGCCGACGUCGCGCCGAUCCCUUUCCACGUCAACGUCCCUGCAAGCAAAGGGAUUUUUCCGCGGCUGGCGACGACCCACACCUGUCGCAACUUCACCAAGAUCCAGGAGUGGGCCAAGGCGCAUCAUGCCGGACGCUGGGACUUCAACCUCACGCCAGAACAGGCAGAAGAGAUUAUCCAGACGGCUGGGUUCGACCAGAGCCCGUGGGAGGAUGUCGAGUUUCUGUGGGAGCUGUUUCCAGGGAACACGUUCUUUCGGCAUUGGAGGGAGAAGCUGGGGGAGCAGGCGAACAAGUCAUAA